GAGUGCUAUUAUCGAGUAGUUUUUGAAUGUCAGGCUUGUAUCUUUCCAGCUCCCGCCUGUAAGCAAGGGAUGGGUGUACCCGUUUCGUGUGACGUCACCGCAUCGUUCCCUGUACCCCGGACCCAUCCAUCCCUACCUCACAGUGCCGCGCGCCUCGCCCGAACCACACCUCAGCUUUUAACCAGAGCGGCUUUAGAAGUGAAACAGACGAUACGUGCGGAUCUAUUUCUCUUCUGCGCGACUCCAGCUGGACUGUAAAACACGGACAUAAAGUCCACACCACGGGGACCAAGUUAGGAAAUAGGGGAGAACUUCAUUAUUUGGACGCGCCAUUCACCGCUGUUGAAACCACGCGGAUGUGACAGACUGCCGGAGCGCUGUUUUCUCAUUCGGAGCAAACGGCAAAAAAACAAACAAAACAACAACCUUAAAGCAAAACUCCAUUUAGAAAAUUUGCAAGUGUGAAAUGUCCUUUAAUUCUGACUGAAAAAAAAACGCUCAAAAUCCAACUUUGACUACUAGUUAGGUGGUGGUUCGUCUCACUCAGCCAGCGCGCUCUGUGUGCCGUACACACCUGAGAACAAAGUCUUUCAUAUUCUGUUCAGAAUAUCUUCUGAUUUUACCCUAUUAUCCAGCUAACACCGCAACUGACGCACAAAUCUGCGUUCAUCUUCUACAAAACACAAACAGCCGUCCACGGACCCAACACCUGGACACAUCUGUCAGAGCGCUCCUCUGCGUUUUGAGGAAGACGCCGAUUCAGUGACAUCUGGAGCCCUGAACUUCAGCCAUUACCAGAGUGGAGACGCCGUGCGCUGAACAGAGCAAGUAGGAUGGCUGCAGACAACUUUUUAAGGACAGAUUUCUGACUUUUUUUUUUUGGAAGCAGAGACAUUUUUUCUAAUGAAAUCCAGCCAGUCUUGAGCAAUGAUGAAAGCAGAUAAUAACACAUGUCACCACGAUACCCACAUCAAACCCAGCGAGAGCCCGAGCCCGGUGAUCAGUGCCAUCAUGUUUGCCGCAGGCAUCUUUGGCAACGUGGCUGCCCUGGUGAUACUGGAAAUCCGGAGACGUAGAGACACUAGGACCGGAGAAACAAGGCGACGGUCGCUGUUUCACGUCCUCAUCAAAUCGCUGGUGGUCACGGACCUGACUGGGACCUGCCUGACCAGUCCGCUGGUGCAGCUGUCAUAUUCACGCAACACUACCUUGGUAGGGCUGUCGCCCAACUCUCACAGCGUGUGUUCAUACUUUGGCGUCAGCAUAACCUUCUUCAGCCUGGCCACCAUGUCGCUUCUCUUCUCUAUGGCACUAGAGAGGUGCUUUGCCAUUGGGUACCCCUACCUGUACAGCCGGUAUGUCACCAACAAAUGUGCCUAUAUCACCAUCCCGGUGGUGUUUGUGUUAUGCAUGUUAUUCUGUCUCCUCCCUUUUGCGGGAUUUGGUAAAUAUGUACAAUACUGCCCUGGCACGUGGUGCUUCAUUGCCAUGAACCCUCAGCAAUCGGAGGACCAGGUCUACGCCAACCUGUUCGCCACUCUGAUGCUAGUGCUGGUGCUGGCCAUAGUGGUGUGCAACGGGUUUGUGGUGUACCAGCUGUUCAGGAUGUACCAACGGCGGAGGAGGAACGGCGGCUCGAGGAUGGCGACCAAGAGAUCCAACAGUGAGCGCAGGGCGAUGUCCAUGGCUGAGGAGGUGGAGCAUCUCAUCCUGCUGGUCAUCAUGACCAUCAUCUUCAUCAUCUGCACAAUGCCUCUGGUGAUCCGGGUGUACAUCAACUCCAUAAUGGAUUCCAACUCCAUAAGGGAUUCCAACUCCAUAAGGGAUCCCAAGGAGUCUCGCAAUCUGGACCUGAUUGCCUUGCGCUUCAUCUCCAUUAACUCCAUCAUCGACCCCUGGGUCUUCAUCCUCCUCUCCCCCAGCGUGCUGCACUUUUGCUGGGCUUCGGUUUGCCGGGACAGCCUGGAAACCUCCAGGGGUUCCAUUUUUAAAUUAUCGAUUGCCAAAGGGAAUUCUCCGGCUAACCUUGAACUGUCUCGCCCACCCUUGGAGCAUUUUCACUCUGUGGAAACUCUAUGACCAUAACAGUAGCUUAUUAUUUCAUAUUUAUUGUUCACUGAAUUGGAUAGCGUGCCCUCCUUAGUGAUCAUGUGAAGCGGAGAGGUUUCGUGGACCACGACAUCCCUCUCCUGUGGGUAGGGUUUAUCGAUUUACAGUAUAUGAAUGUAUUUCCAUUAGAUCAUGGCCCUGUCUGUCUAACUGACAAACAUUUUAACCAGUUCUUUCAGCUGGUGGGCGCCUCUUUUCAUUUACUGGGCGUUUCCAUUCACUCCUAGCAUUUCAGCUAAGUGUAUGCAUGUGGAAUGCACCUUCUCUACAGCGUCAGGGCUCGACAUUAACACUUUAAGGGGAAGUAAAGUCUGUGUUCGGGCAAGUGGAAUGCCUCAUGCAGCUGUCCGAUCGGACAAGUGAAAAAUAAAUGUAAUCUUGUGAGUGAGAGCUGCAGCUUAGCAAGCUAAUCCAGUAGCACAAAAAGGCCAAAAAUUAAAACCUUUUAUUGAACAACUGUCACAAAUUUAUACAGUUUUAUUACAAAUAGUUUUGUUUUUUUUUGUUUAAAAAGGGAAAAUGGGUGUAAGAAUAUUUCCUUUUACGUUUUCUAAGUUUAUAUCAGCAGUCGCUGAUGGAAAAAUUGACUAGAUACAGCAACGUCACAAGUUGAUACUUCAUUUAAAUUUAGUUUUAUUAGCCAUAAAGUGGUUAAAAAUACAGCCUCUCAUUUGCCACAUACUGUCAGUGUUCUUAUAUCGUUCUGGAUAAAGGCUUUCUUAAUACCCAUGUUAAUCAUCUCAAUGAUUCUCGUGAUAAAAGCAAAAGGUCAAAAACACUGCACACAAUAGGUGAAAAAGCCAGAGGCCCAGAAGCCCCUGUUCCGUUCAGUAAUUGAAGGAAUCCAUUAGAAUUGCCCAAUCUAUUUAAUUACUACAGGUUAAUAGUAUGUUUUGUACGUUAAUAGAUUAUAAUGUUGAUUUUAUUAAAAUUUUCCAUUUCAGACAAGGAAGUAAAACAUCUCGAGCAGGUGGCUGAAAAAGCUUGAUGUCAAGCCUUGAGCUGUGUAUUUUAAGUGUGAAAGCUCAACAUUUUGCCUCCUUUGCUGCUUAUGUUUUAUGCCAAUUAAAUUAAUGAAAUGAAAAAGGCUGCUGAUGGGAGCUGGAGAAAGAAAGACUUAAUUCUGUGAGGACCUGGAAUAGACAAAAUGCAAGUGCUUUUGUCUACAUUGUAUUAAGACAAAGACGUUUGGUUGAGAAGCUUGUGCAUGGAGAUGUGACAGAAUGCAACCUACUAAAGAUAUUUAGCUAUCAAGAAAGGAGGUAACCAGUGACUUAAGGCCUUGCUGUUGAUGCCUUCUCUGAUUCAAAUGCUGCUUUUCCAAACAGUUGUUACUGGGCCACCAACAUUAACAUGUGAUUGUAUUAUAGCUGUCAAAAAAAAGAAAGAAAUCAUGCCUAGAGUCCAGGAAGCUUGGCUAGAUAUAGACAUACAGAUAUAGAAAAUGAGGACUCAAAUAUAUGAUAUUUGGGGAAUGACUCUCUUUUAAACACUUCAUCUUUACAUUAUCUUAUCACCUCUGAGCUUCUUAACACCUGACUCUAACCCGUGGUCUGCUUUGGUAACAUUUCCCCUCACACUCCUACCAAAUUCCUGCUGGAAAGGUCAAAGGGCAAGAAGCCUGGAGAGACCAGAUAAGUCAAAACUUCACUCGCAGUGGGUGGGAGCAAGAAACAGAAAAGGUUAUGUUCAUGAUAUACAUUUAAUUCAUAUGUACAUGUACAGUAUGUAGCAUAUACUAUUCUAUAACAUUUUAUAAAAAGAUUCAUAUGAGACUACAGUUACCUUUUGACUUGAAAACUUCUGCUUCUUAUAUAAUUAACAGCAGAGAGUAAAUAUUCUUGCAUAAUCUGGCUGUAAUUGUAACCCUUAUGAAAAAUGAACGAUAGCACACUUCACUUUUAUCCAUCGACUUUACAACCAAGGUGCCAUUUGAACUGCAUAGGUUUUAUUAGGGAACAAUGUUAUUUUUGUUCAAUGUGUGUCUUUCCAGACGACCACCAUUCAUAUGGGACACAGGACGUCCACUUAAGUUGCUGCUAAUAGCCCAGAUGAAAAACGUCAUGGUUUAAGGCUCUAAUCCCAUCCAUGUUUAAAUGCCAACUAAAGCAAAGCCAAAAAACACUGGUUUUAUUACAUAGUUCAUUACAUUAUAAUGACUAACUGACUUGUUGAAAUCAGAUGACCAGGGAGUUUCCUGGAAAAAGCAGGUCAUUUUCUCCACUAACUUUGUACACUGGUAAAAGUUACACAUGAUGGAUUCAUACUGGUUUAAAUGACACAACACCAUGGGGAAUUAAAAGUAGUACAGCACCUCUUCCUUUUAAAUGAUUCAAAUUCAAACAGGGCUAUAUAAUAAGCUACUACACUUUUUUGCGGGAUUUCCGGUCAUAAAUCUCUCAAAAUAGAAAAACAAGUUUCAAGAAAGCGUUGGUUCCUCAUUUGUGUGAAAUGUGAGAAAAAGAAAAAAACUACAAGUUCUCAACUAUCUGUCAUUUUAGAGGAUGCCAGAAAAUGUGUAAUCAUCAGGUAAACUUUGGGGCUGUAAGCCUUUUUUGGAAAAUGUGUGUGCGUGUGGGUGUAGUGACAAUAUAUUGUUUGGCUUUUGUGUUGUGAGAACAGCUGUUUAUUGCCUCCGUUGGUCUGUUGUUGUUUCUGAGCUCAGCAUCAAAAUGUUCAGUAUUUAUGACAGUGGCUUACAGCUUCCUGUGGGUGUUGUGUGUGAGUUUUGCUUCUGUGUGUGAUUGUGUGUGUGCGCUGGUGCUUUUUUCGGUUGUGUUUAUGUGUGUGUAUGAAUAUGUUUGCAAAUAUUCAAGUUCCCAUAAACAACUUGUGUGUCCACAGGCCUACAAUAGGUGCAAGCUUGUGUAUGUGUUUAUGCUAGUGUGUGUGUGUGUGUGUGUGUGUGUGUGUGUGUGUGUGUGUGUGUGUGUGUGUGUGUGUGUGUGUGUGUGUCAGACAGCACUGAAAUGUAAUGUCAAACCGUAUCUAUCUGGAUGUAUUGUACUCUGUAAUGAUAAAGUACUGUAGAUGAAACUGAAUGCACUGAGUGUGUAUGUGUAUGUUUUAUGGCUUGUGUAAAUAAACAUCUCAUUCACAACA